AUGCGGCGUUUGAGGAGAGCUGCGACGAUAUAUUCUAUUGAGGUUGGGGAGUGUGGACGCAGGUCCUGGUGGCGAGCAGAGCUGAUUCUUCGGUUACAGCGACGACUAUGUUUACACUCAAGGACAAAAUUUUUUGAUAUUAAGUUUUUUCACGUUGAUGUUCAUGUUCUUGAGAAUACAAUCACUAUCACAAGUUGUCAUGAUGACACUCGGUGCCACCUAGUGCUACCCGAUCGAUCAUGCCCUCUUUCACAGCGCAAGGAGGGACAUCCAGCACUUCCCUGUGAACAUACAUGGCCAAAAAGAUUAUUGUCACUCCAGGAAAACCUCUAGAAAAUGGCGCCCUCGUCUUUUAACAAUCGCUUAAAUGAUCGCCGUGCUCGUGGUGGCCUGAAGGAGAUCGUUUUCACGUAUUCCCUGAAUUCAAGUGCAAAAAAUUCAAAUACAAGAAUAGCAUGAAGAGAUAGCUUCUUCGAAUGGUUGGAGUUGGAUGGUAGCUGUAGCUCUUGCUAUAAUUUCUCUCUCUGUAGUCCCUCUCACUUUCAGGCUCCUUGAGUCGGGUAUCGAUGAAGAUGAGCCUGAUUGAACUGUCAGACAACAUUGCGAUGUUGAAGAUCCACCGAGCAGAUCUUAGAAUAACCCGGUGACGUGCUCCUGCCCGUGAGUCGUGUGAAAAUGUCCUGAAGGUCAAAAAUCCGUUUCUUGCUCGUGCACGUGAGAAAGACAUCUUCUAAGACAGAGCUUUUGUCAUGCUGUGAGAAACGGGACAGUCAUCUGUUUCUGUUCCGGGGAAAUAUUUCAUGCCAAAAACUUCCAGUGAGACUAUUGACGAUGUUGAAUGAUGAAUGC